UAUAGAGCAGUACGCCCAGUCACAGAAGCAACACCUCGACUAAAUCCUUCAAUUCAGGGCUAAUUAAGGAAACGGAAAGGAAAGCAGCACGUCAACCAACAAUGCUGCCGUCACGUAAUCAUUUAAUUGCCUUCGUUGUGGUGACAACAUUAGUCUGUUUAACUGUGGGCCAAGAGUCUACAUUUCUGGCCUCGAUCACUAGUUCAAACAACCAGCUUCAGUCGGCGAAUGGAACUAGCUUGAACAACGAAACAAUUACAAUUAACAUCAGUGAAAUAAUAGCAGCGGCUGAAGCGGCAUCAAAUGCUACAGAAUCCUCCAGCACUACAGCACCUUCGGUGACAACUACAGAAGCUACAUCGACUUCAACAGCAUCAUCUGCAACACCAACGACAGUGCCAGCAACCACAACGCUAACCAGUUCGUCCACCACACAAGCAGAUAUACUAACCACAUCCACAGAGACAUCCACAAGUACACAGUCGACCUCUACCAUUUCGGCAGACACAUCCACUACACCAAACACUCCAACUAUAACAACACAAACAACACAAUCUACAGUGACACAAGCUCCAACAACAAUACAGCCAACCAUAACAACGACACAACCUUCAACAACAACGCAACGUCCCACCACUAGUACUUCAACAACCAUAACAACACCCCAAUCUUCAACAACAACUACUCAGACAUCAACGGUAGCACCGUCAACAACAACUACACCAUCUUCCGCAACAUCCACAACCCAAGCACCAACAACAACAGAACCACAAACUUCAACCCUCGUGCAACCUUUAACAACAACAACACCACCCACAACUUCAACUACACCGCAAUCAAUUUCAACCACAUCUACACAAGCUCCGACAACAACACAAUCAACGUCCACAGCUACACAACCAUCAACAACGACACCACAAUCCAUACCAACAACAACCACUCAAGUCUCGACAACUUCGACACAACCCACAACAACAACUACUCCACUUCCAACAACAACAACAACUCCACUUCCAACAACAACAACUACUCCACAAACCACAACAACAACUACACCCCAACCCACAACAACAACAAUACCUACAACGACAACCACAACUACACAAGCAUCAACAACACCGCAGUCCGAAAUAACAACCACUCCAGCACCAACGAGCAGCACUGAAACAGCAACUACAACAACAACUGCUCGGAGCACCACCACAUCAACAACAACCACCAGCACAACACCAAUUGCUUACACCGUUUACACCAUGGAACCCUAUCCCAAUAUAUAUGGCAGAUCAAACGAGAUUGCCAAGCCACAGCGAAAAUUGCGAAGAGGACGCAAAGGGCGCAGAGGCAGGAGACCCCGUCGUCGCACCACCCCGGCACCACUGACAUCCAGCACCACCACCACAACAACAACCGUCAGGACGACUUUGAGUGGCUUUGACGACUUCAGCGAGGACUACGACGAUCUCGUACUCAACUCGAACAACGUAUUGGAACCAUUUCCAGAGUUGCCUCUCGAUUUAGGAAAUAUCGACAACAACAGAAUCCCCAAGUAACACUUCAAUUGCAUCCAUCCUCCAGGAGACUGACACUGAUAACUGGAGUCCCAUUUUUACUUCGUGUUUUACCAAUUUAAGUUUG